CGGCGGUGCGUGUGGCCGCACCCAGCACGCCAGCCACGGCAGUUCGCAGUUUAACAAUGCUUCUACUUAAAUCCCUCCGCCCCCUCCGCCGCCUGCUCUCUCCGCCACAACGCCGUCCCUCCACUUCGAAAUCCUCCUCCCACCUCUCGCUCCCCUCCCGCCGCUCACUCCACCUCCCGCGCGCCGCCGCCGCCGCCGCCAUGGGUUCCGUCGCCGGGGACGCCGUGCGCCUCGCCUACCCGCCCGUCCGCCGCGACGAGUCCGUCGUCGACAGCUACCACGGCGCCCAGAUCCCCGACCCCUACCGCUGGCUGGAGGACCCGGACUCGGAGGAGACCAAGGAGUUCGUGGCGGCCCAGGCGGAGCUGGCCGAGUCGGUGCUCGCCGGCUGCGCCGACAGGGAGGGCCUGCGCCGCGAGGUCACGCGCCUCUUCGACCACCCGCGCCACGCCGCGCCCUUCCGCCGCGGCGACAAGUACUUCCACUUCCACAACUCCGGCCUCCAGGCCCAGAGCGUCCUCUACGUGCAGGAUGAUUUGGAAGCAGAGGCGGAGGUCCUCUUGGAUCCAAACACUCUAAGCAAGGAUGGAACUGUUGCUCUUUCAACAUAUUCUAUUAGCGAGGAUGGCAAGUACAUCGCUUACGGGCUAAGUGAAAGUGGCAGCGACUGGAUCACUAUUCGCGUUAUGCACAUUGCAGACAGGCAGGAUAUGCCUGACAAAUUGUCCUGGGUGAAGUUCUCUUCUAUAAGCUGGACCCAUGACGGGAAAGGGUUUUUCUAUGGCCGAUAUCCUGCACCUGGAGUGGAAAUGGAUGCUGGAACCGAGACAAAUAUCAAUCUUAAUCAUCAGAUAUAUUACCAUAUCUUGGGGUCUGAUCAGUCAGAGGAUAUACUAUGCUGGAAAGAUCCUGAAAACCCCAAACAUUCCCUUGGUGCAUCGGUCACUGAAGAUGGAAAGUACAUCAUACUGGGUACCUAUGAUGGUUGUGAUCCUGUCAACAAGCUAUACUAUUGUGAAAUUUCUUCACUUCCUCAUGGAUUAGAGGGUUUCAGAGAGACAAAGGAGAUGCUUCCAUUUGUCAAGCUUAUAGACAACUUUGAUGCUCAAUAUCAAGUUGUGGCAAACGAUGGUGAUGAAUUUACAUUCCUGACCAAUAAAAAUGCUCCAAAGAAUAAGCUGGUAAGGGUAAAUAUAAAAAAGCCAGAGGUGUGGACUGAUGUUCUUUCUGAGCAUGAAAGAGAUGUGCUCGAGUCAGCUGACGCGGUUAAUGGAAACCAGUUGGUGGUGUGUUACAUGUCAGAUGUUAAGCACACUCUGCAGAUAAGAGACCUUAUAACUGGAAAUUUGCUUCAUCAGUUGCCUCUAGAGAUUGGUUCUGUUUCAGAGAUCUCCUGUAGACGGGAAGACAAGGAAGUUUUUAUUGGCUUCACGAGCUUUCUUUCUCCGGGUAUUAUUUAUAGGUGUAACUUAGCAUCUACAAUCCCUGAAAUGAAGACCUUCCGAGAAAUUUCAGUUCCUGGGUUCGAUCGCACAAGCUUUGAAGUUAAGCAGAUUUUUGUCCCUAGUAAGGAUGGAACCAAGAUUCCCAUGUUCAUAAUGUCGAAGAAAGAUAUCGAACUCGAUGGAUCACAUCCAACUUUGCUAUAUGGUUAUGGUGGAUUCAACAUAAGCAUUACCCCUUCUUUCAGUGUUAGUCGUCUUGUCCUAUGCAAGAACAUGGGUUCUGUUGUCUGCAUUGCGAACAUCCGGGGUGGUGGAGAAUAUGGUGAGGAGUGGCACAAAGCUGGAGCACUUGCAAAGAAACAGAAUUGUUUUGAUGACUUCAUUGCUUGUGCGGAACAACUUAUUUCUUCUGGUUACACAAGUAACAAGAAAAUAUGUAUUGAAGGUGGAAGCAAUGGUGGUCUUCUAAUUGCUGCUUGUAUUAACCAGCGGCCUGACCUUUUUGGGUGUGCCCUGGCUCAUGUUGGUGUCAUGGAUAUGCUUCGGUUUCACAAGUUCACAAUCGGUCAUGCCUGGACUACAGAUUAUGGUUGUUCAGACAAGGAAGAAGAAUUCGGCUGGCUUAUCAAAUAUUCUCCCCUUCAUAACGUGAAGAGACCUUGGGAGCAAAGCUUUGGUGAUAAUUGUCAGUAUCCAGCAACCAUGCUGUUGACAGCUGAUCAUGAUGACCGUGUUGUGCCAUUGCACUCGCUGAAGUUGUUGGCUACAAUGCAGCAUGUCUUGUGCACUAGCAUUGAGAACAGCCCGCAGACCAACCCAAUAAUUGGUCGCAUUGACCGCAAGUCAGGGCAUGGAGCUGGCAGGCCGACUAAAAAAUUGAUUGAUGAGGCCGCGGACCGUUACAGUUUUAUGUCGAAGAUGUUGGGCGCUACAUGGACUGACUAGUUCAAUUCUGUCCUGGAGGUGCUGUGUGCUGAGCACACAAGACGGUGAAAGGUGUAAUCCUGGAGGGGAAAGAUUGCUAUCGCUUCAGCUGCUGAACAGUUUUUGAGUUCAAGUACUACAAUUCUUUGAAGCUUACAACACUUACAAUGUUUGUGUUGUGCAAGAGCCUAUAUAUUCUUCCAUAUGUGAAAGGGGUGUGUGUUUCUGCUUAGAAAAAUGCUGUUGAAAACUUGAAAUGGACCAAUGAAGCUGUCUGGCUGGAACGAUUUAGUCAGGACGCUCAGCCUGUCCCUCGGGGCUCAGGGUAUGCUUGAUAGAUUUAUUUAAAGUAUUUUCUUGA